UUACAGCGAGAGAAAGUCACUCCGCUCCGCUCCCUUCCUCUUCUUCCUCCUCCUCCUCCUCCUCCCGGGGGUUUAUUUCAGCGAAUGUCGCGUGCGAGGACGGAGGGACAUGUCUCGGCUCAGUCCGACGUGACAUCGCGACCAUGAGAGCGGCUACAUGUGUCGAGCAGAGCUGCGCGGCGCCCGGCGUGUGGACCACCGACUGACGGCCGCCGUGAACUGGACGAGCAACUCGCCGCGGUCCGAAGACCCCAAAGAGAAGAAAAAAGGACAGUUUGACGAGUUGGGCUUUUUAGUCGAACAUUUAUAUUAUUUAUUGUGAGGAAGCUGCUAGCCGGACGGGCAGAGAUGGAUCGAGGCGGCUGCCAGAUGAAUGGCGGCGGCGGCGGCGGCGGCGGAGGAGACGAACCCGAGCAGAGCGGGAUGAUCACCCUGGAGGACCUGGAGUCUUUCUCCGAGGACCAGAUGUCGGACUCCGGCAACAGCCUCGACGAAGACGCGAAAAGCAUGGAGGAGGACCGGCUGCUGCACUACUGGCAGGACGUGGCGAGAGGACACCAGGUGGAGGUGUCUCAAGAAAUGGCGGAGCCCAUCCAACAGCUAACCAGCAACAACCAAGGACGCAGUAACAGAGAGCUCGUCCCGUUCACGCUCCUCGCACGCAAAGAGAAGUGUGGCGAGCUGCUGUGGGAGAAACGCCAUUAUGAGAAGGGCCACUGGGCUUGUGUAACUAUGCGUGAGGACACUUACGAGAAGAGUAUCUGCUAUGGUUUCAUGAAGCUAAUGAGAUAUAUCUGCGAGCAGAACUCCUUGGGUAACUACCUGGGCAUGACGCUGCCCAUCGUCACCGUGGUGCGCACGGACGAGAACCAUUCUGUGAUCUCCAACGACGUCAUCGUGGCGUACUUCCUUCCCGUCGAGCACCAGGCUCAGCCCCCACAACCCAACGACAAUGAGAUCGCCAUAGAGAUCUGGCCCGCCAAUACGGUCUACACAAGGCCCUUCACCGGUCCCACCAACGAAGUGACCAUCGUUAACCAAAUCAACGCCAUGGCCGAGCAGCUCGACUCCCCCGGCGCCAACAACUCGUUCAUCGUGGCCGGCUACACCAACCCAGCUCACGUCAACCGGCAGAAUGAGAUCUGGUUCCUCGAGCGGCCCUGAGGCCCGAGAAGGCCGCGCAUCAUCAUCUCAAGCCUCACCAAGACUCCCGCAACACCGCCGCAGCUCAGACGCAUUCUCAGGUGCAACCUGAUCUAUGUACACCUCCUCUACCUAAAAACACCACCAGACACCCCCACCCACCCGCCCCCCAGCACACUCCGGAACUGUCGGGGCCAGAAAUACACUCGCCCCCGACUCCGCCCUCAGUGAACCUUCAUUCUCGUUCGCUUAGUCGGAACCUUGUUUCACCCAAAAGAACCAAACCAAAACACUGCUGUACCCCCCACCCCCCACCUGCUGUUAAAGACACAAUGAGUAGGAUUUGCCGGGUAGAGUUAGUGAACACAACGUUCAGAGUGCGCCCCCUCUCCUCCUCAGCUCAUCAGGGGUGAAAGCAGAGCCCGGUUCCACUCUCGUUUUGGACCGAGCAUUCGCCACUUUUCAUCUUGCUAUAUUUGCGUCAGUGGGGGGGUGGGGGGGACACCGCCACGCACUUCUAGAGGCUCACAAAUGAUUAAAGAUAGGAAAUAUUUUUAAUAAUAAGUCUUUUUUUAAAUCCUACUCGUUGUGCCUUUGUGGUGAAACAUGGUAUUGAACUCCUGCUCUUACAUUGAGAUGCCGAAAAAAGAAAAAAAAGAACCUUUCCCAAAACGCAGUGCUCUCUAGUUAAAAGUUAAAAUAGUUUUACCACUGAUCGCUGUGAGGAGAAUGCAGCCGCCUUAUCGUGCCCCCCUUUCCGUUUGUUGCACUGCUACUCCGUCUCGUCAUGUGGGGUAAAGGUCAAGGCACAAGUCAACAGUUUUUUCAAUUCUCCAGCUCGCUGUGGUGAUUCCAGCUCAGUGUUUUUCUUAAUCUGUGGACUAAAUGUUUGACUACACGGUACAGCGUGGUUCCGGUUGCACUGCAAAAACAGUCAUGUUUUACUAGCAAGUGCAAUAUUCAGUGUCAGAAUCGCUGGGCCACGAACCCAAACCGCAAUCCCCAGGUUGGUUCAGCUGGGCCCGGGAAGGGGGGGAGCCACGGCAAGCAACAACCAAUACACAACAUCCAGGCCCGAACAAGUGGCUUCAACAGUCGAUAAGCUCAAUGUAACAAGCAAACACUCAUUUGAAAAAAAAAAAAAAAAACAGACCCAUAUGAACAUAGAAAUGCUCACGUGUUUUUCCAUGAAUGUAAAGCUGCAGGGAGGAAAACACAAAAAAAGGACACAAACAAACUACAAACCAAACGCUGAAAAAACGCUAUUACAGCUGAAUGACAAUCAAACGGUUACUACACGUGUAAUUUACGCCUCAGAAAAAGUGAAUGCAUUCCUCAGUGCAAAUCUACUCACACAUAGGAAGGAAAUAUCGACGUAUGUACCUCUUUCUCAUGCCAUGUCUGCUUGCUACCCUGUGUAAGUGUUUGUGAUUAAGCCUCACACGCGCUCUCUCCGCACCACUUGGUAGCGGCCAACGCGUCGUCGGCCAGGAGUUUGCCUUCGUUCGGCUUUCUUUGUAUUCCUAUAAAGACGAAUGAUAAAAAAAGAAAAUAAAGUAGAUCAGGAGAUCUCCUCGAGAAAAUUAAUUUUUCUCGGGUAGAGAAAACUACUGGAUUUUGGAAGGAAGGUGCGGCGCGCUCAGGUAGCGCGGAGCGGUGACCUUGUGCGGACACGUUUACCCCUCGGGGGGGGAAAGAGAACGGAAUUGGCCUUUUAUUAAUUCACAGUUGAAUUGCAAACACCGAUGCUGCAAACAAGAAAAGAGAGCGCAGAGAAUAUCGUUCCUGUGAUUGUGAUCUUUUUGUUAAAUGUAAGCUAAACUCAAACUGUUUUUAAUGGACCUGAUCUAAGGAGAGUCAGAAUUAAAGAUAUAUGUUUAUCUUCACUAUAUUUUUCUUUAAAACAAUACUAAUAUAAAACUAAAUGAUACACAUUAAACCAGCUACAUCUAGAGUUCACUUUGAUGGGGGAUGUCGAUGCUUUGGAAAUUGUCACUGUGUGAUUUAACAGAGGCAUCCUUCAAAAUGCUCUGGCAUUCUGUUAGUGAAAUCUUAAAUGGGUUUAGAAUUGUAAAGAAAUGGGUGAGGAGCUUGGUUUCAUCUUACUGAAUCUGAAAUUAAAUUGUUAAACAUAGACAUUAUCAGUAAAUAAAUUAAUGUUGGGUUGGAAAGUCCGCCCAGUGUUAAAGUCAAGACAUUAAAAUCCAAAGAAUUUAUUUUGCAUUAUAUGAUUGUAUAGUUGAUAAGAUACUCUGACAACUGUAGUAUAAAGUAAACACUUGCAAAGCCAUGAUGUGCGUGGGUUGGUUUUCCCUUUUGGUUAUAUGGGAACAUCAAAAGUGAGUUUUUUUCCUUUCUUUUUGCUUAUUGUUUUAGUGUUUUGCGAAAGUGUUCUGUGAAAAUUCAAGUGCAGCAGCAAGAGCUAUUGUGGUUUUUCUCUGUUCAAUAAAAACCUGCUUGUCUCCCGUCUUUUGACGUGUA